AGAAACGCUCCCUAUAUAAAUAGUCUUGUGUUGCUACAAACCAUUGUCUGACUUUAUUGGGGUCUUGUGAUCCUUUGUGUUUCCUCCUGUGUGACAGCGUUCAUUAAUCCGUCUAAUAAGAUGACCAUGCAGGCUAUUAUUUGGGGCAUUCUUCUUCUUGCUGCUACAGCAGUAUCAGUUGAUGGACAGGCCACAGUGGUCCCAACCACCUCCACCACUACAGCUUUGACCACCACCACAGAGGCCCCAACCACCUCUACCACCACUACAGCUUUGACCACCACCACAGAGGCCCCAACCACCUCUACCACCACUACAGCUUGGACCACCACCACAGAGGCCCCAACAACCUCUACCACCGCCACAGCUUCGUCCACCACCACAGAGGCCCCAACCACCUCUACCACCACUACAGUUUCAUCCACCACCACAGUGGCCCCUUCAUCCACCACCACAGUGGCCCCAAUCUCCACAACUACGGGUACCUCCUCGACAACAAAAGUCGCCUCUGCUGGCACUACACCCUCAAGCCCCAACUCAACAGCCACCUCAGCUUCUCUAAACAGAAUGAGCCUUGUGUCUAUCUUUGUAAUGGUGGCAUGUCUUUACUUUUAAAUUGGUGUGAAAAUUUCACUUGCUUUGGGGGUAAAUGUUUGAGAUGAGUGUAGCUUAACUUUUAUGUGCAUCAAUAUUUUAGCUGUCUGUGCAUAUUCCUGAAUUUCUAUUUUUGUAGUGAGGUGGAAACUGUAUAUAUGUGAAUUGUAAUUGUUAAAUAAAUGGAUCAAUUAUUGCUAACUUGA